CGGCAGCAGCACGAGAACCAUUGAGCCCAAUGACCCCGUCAUAGCCGUUGCAAAUUAAAGAAUAAGAGCACCAACAAGCGGGGAGUCUACCAGCUACUCGUGCGUACAGCGUCACCAUCCCCCUAGAACCUACAUCAUAGGUCUGAAAAACCCAUACAAAAAACAAUUUAUAUAUAGAUAUAUAUAUCAUAGACCAAAAAUCAAUAUAACAUGACAAUCCUCCUCCUCGGCGGACGCGGCAAAACCACCCGUCGCCUCGCCUCCAUCCUCUCCACCUGCGCCCCAGAGGUCCCUUUCCUUGUCGCAUCCCGCACCAGCUCCCCAUCAAGCCCGUACAAACAUGUCAAGUUCGACUGGUUCGAUGAAUCUACCUGGGCACAGCCGUUUAAUGCGGUCUCGACAUCAGCAUCAGCAUCAGCAGUCAGGACCGAAUUCCAAUACAGUUCCAGCCCCAUCACGGGAGUAUACAUCGUCGGCCCGCCCAUUCUGGACAUGGUCCCACUGAUGAAAAGGUUCAUCGAUUUCGCAAGGGGGAGGGGGGUGAGAAGAUUUGUGUUGCUUAGUUCUAGCGUGCUUGAAAGGGGUGGGUUUGCGAUGGGGCAGGUGCAUGAUUAUUUGGCCGGUCUAGAGGAGAAUGGAGUAAAGGAGGCGGAGGCGGAGGCGGAGGCGGAGGGCGGAAUUGAGUGGGCAGCUCUGCGCCCGAGUUGGUUUAUGGAAAACUUCUCAGAAGGCCAACAUCUCCUAUCUAUCAAGGAGGAGAGCAAGAUCUAUUCCGCAACGGGGGAGGGGAGAGUCCCAUUCGUCUCCGCAGAGGACAUUGCACGAGUUGCGUUCCGCGCCUUAACGGAUGCCCGUCCGCAUAACACUGAACAUCUCAUCCUGGGCCCAGAGCUGUUGUCCUACGAUGACUUGGCAGAUAUCCUGUCUUCCGUGCUCGGUAGGACGAUCGCUCAUGUUAAGCUUUCUGAAGCUGAAUUGGCAGCCAGGAUGGAAUCAACUCUUGGGAUACCGCAGGAUUAUGCGCAGAUGUUGGCGGUUCUAGAGACAAAUAUUAAAAAUGGGGAGGAGGAUCGGAUGAAUGAUGAUGUUGAAAAAGUGACUGGGAAGGGCCCACGGAGGUUUAGGGACUUUUCUGAGGCGAGUUCAGGAUGCUGGGUAAAAGACUCCUGAGGACAUGUACAUGUAUCAAUCUGGGACGGCCACUUUAUGUAACUUCAUCUGUAUGGGGAUGGCUGCGCAAGUAACAAAACAUUAUAUGCGUUAUGCAGAGCAAAGAAGGUUAAUUCAACAAACCAGGGUUAGCUGGAGUUGUCCCUCGUUUAUCCACGGUCGAUUUGCUCCCAGGGUAGUUUUCUUUUAGUUUUUCCGCUGAUAUAUUUGGCUUUCCGCUAACUUAUUUGGCCCUAGUUGGUUCGUAGAUAUAGUUAAUGAUCAUUUCUCGGAGAUUCCGC